GUUGUUUUGCUUCGCCAUGGCGAAAGUGAGUGGAGUGCAGAGAAGAACUUCGCAGGAUGGAUGGAUGUGGACCUCACAGAGUCUGGCAAGAAAGCGGCAGCAGAUGCUGGAAAGUGCCUCAAGGAGAAGGGCCUCAAGCCUGGAGUGGUUUUCACCUCCAAGCUGCGCAGAUCAGUCUGCACAGCGUGGCUGGCGCUGAUGGAGUCAGACAACGUCACUCUGCCCAUCAUCAACUCCUGGCGUCUCAAUGAGCGGCACUACGGUGAGCUGGGCUGGGUUAUUAGAAAGUACGGUGGGCAAUUCAGCUACAUGAUUGUUCGGCUUUUCCAACUUCGAUGUCUCGGCAUGGCUGGUCAAGGUGGAAGUCUUGCCGCCGCUCUCCAGGAGCUGCAAGAAGCGCGGCAGCAGCUCCGCAACGUCCUCUUCAGGGCGACUGCAGAGGACUCACGCCCGGCAGGAGGCAGUGGAGGUGGCAGAAGUGGAAGCGGUGGCAAGACAAGAUUGCGGUUCCUGGGCCAUGCCUCACAUCGACGCUGCGGGCUCUUCCUGCUGCGUGUGUCGUUCCGAGCCUGGGCCGGCGAGGCGAAGUCGAAGUCCGGCUACUGCCCAGUGUUGGCAGAGCUCCACUUUCGCCUCCGGAACAGGGCAGGGCUUCUCCGAGCGCUCUCCGCCUGGCGGCUCUCUCUGCGCCGCGAUGCCCGCCUGCGCAGGCAGGAGAGGUUGGCACAAACCCACGCUGCAGAAGUGGCAAGAGCCGCAGGAGCCCAGCAUGUGAGUGAGGGGCGCCUGGAGCUGCUCUGUUCCAGGCUGGCCUCCUCCACUGCAGCUGCCUGUCUCUCAAGGCGGGCAUUCCUGGUGUGGCGAUAUCACUACCACGAGGCACAGUUGGAGGCAGUUGCCGAGAAGUCCCAGGCGAUCCAGACCGAGACUUUGCGUCUGAGCAUGAGCGGCGAGGCAGACAAGGCUGUGGCCCUGCUGUCUGCCCGUGAAGCAGCGCUGGAGUGCGAGUUGGCGACGCCGCUGCCUCGUUGCGACGAGCUCAUCUUCCAGCUGCUGUCAGCAAGAGGCCCCUCCCUUCGCUACGCCAUCCUGCGUCCUUGCUGGCGGCGUUGGCGUCUCCGGGCUUCGUAUGGGCUUUCCUGGAUGCGCCAGAGGGGCGUGCACGUUACACUGGGCUGUCAACAUCUUCCUUGCUUCGAAGCCCGACAGCUCCUUGCGCGAGUCAUCCGGACCUGGCACUACGGCUGUGGUGGCGUUCAUCGGCGGCUGCCCAUAUGGUGCCAGGAGCGAGGCUCAGCAACGGCUCGCGGCUUCCAGAUGGUUGCAGACAUGUCGCUCCAAAGGCAGCGCUUGUGGCUUUUGCGAUGCUCUUUCGGUGCAUGGGUUUGCUUGGGAUGCUUCCUCCCGAAGCGGCGCCUCCUUGGGGCGGGGACAGCGCGACAAGCUGCGGACCUGGACUUGGUGUGCCAUCUUCGGUGGACGGCCUCACAGAGGCCACCCAGGCGGCGCGCAGAGCAGGGUCUGGGCAAGGAAGACUGGAGCAAGCUGGAGAAUCUGCAGGUUCUGCGGCAUCUGGAGUGCCUUCAUGCCCUGACGGCGCGCGCGGUGCUGCGGGCCUGGCGACUGCAAGUGGCCAAGGAGAUGGCCUUCAAUGCGAUGUUGAUGUUGCCAGAUGAUCAGGACCUCCAAGCCCUGGAGUUCCUCGAUUCCGUCUCGGCGUUCUCCGGGGCGAGUCCCUCCCAGCAGUGGGAUCGGCAGCACGUCGAAGGUGUCGAUCAACCUCGGCUUGAGCUGCCUGCUCUCAGUGGUCCACUGGCGCAGCCUCUGCUGCCAGUGCCGCGGGCGCAGCGCGCGCAGCAGCCCGGCAACUCCCACAACGAGCGGUCCAGUUGGGUCCAGUCCAGGCUCUGGUCUCCAGUCUCCGAAGAUGUGGAUGACAUGGAAUUCGGUCCUGAUGUUUGCGACUGUUCACUGUUCAAGCAAGCCCUCCUAGAGCGCUGGUCAACGGAUGACCUCGCCGCAGAGCUAUUGGACAAGUUCUCGAAAUGCCAGACUCGACGCAGCAGCUCUGCUACCCCGUACCGGCAUGACCUCGACUUCGAGAGCCAUACACCAGUCGGUGUUGGCUGCGUGCGCUAUGGAUACCUCCUCAUCACGCCCUCGGCGGUUGACUCGUGGCUCAAGACCUACGACGGCAUGCCACCGGCCGUGGAUUUGGAGGACGAGAGGCAUCCUGCAAACGACACCCUGUACGAGACGGUGCCAAAAGAUGCACUACCAGGUGCAGAAUCCGUGCGAAUGACGGCUGGAUCCUCAGCGGGGCCUUUCACCUCUUUAUCCAAGGGGCUCAACUCUGGUCUUGUCGCUGCGCCGCCUUUGAGCCGUGCCCAGGUCGACCGUGUCCUGCCUUUUUGGCACGAUCAAAUCGCUCCUUGUGCAACGCCGGCAAGUUCAGGGUAG